AUCAAGAAGACCAUGUGCCCGACUUCCUAUUAUCUUUCGUCGAGGGGAAAGAGAGAGUCAUACGGAAGAGCCAAGAGAAGGGAAGCCUGCAGGGAUGAAGCUCCUGCUCGUUCUCUUCUCUUCCCUCUUCCUAAACGCCUACUUCUACUUCUGCCUCUUCCUCCACCACCACCACCACCACCAGCGGCCGCCGUCUCUCGGGUGGACCGGUUCGGCAGCCACGGAGGCCGAGGCGGUCGCCGCCAUCAACUGCUCCGGCCACGGCCGCGCCUUCCUGGAUGGCGUACUGGCCGGCGGCGGACUCCCCGUCUGCGAAUGCAACAAGUGCUACUACGGCAGCGACUGCUCCCAGCUGCUGCACGACUGCCCUGCCGACGUCGACAGCGGGGAUCCGAUGUUCUUGGAAGCAUACUGGCAGCAGCAAGCUGCGAGCAGCGCGGUGGUGAUCUCAGGGUGGCAUCGCAUGAGUUACUCCACCGACGGCAAAGACUACAUCUCCAUCGAGCUCGAGAAGCACAUCCGCAUCCUCCAUAAGGUGGUGGGCAACGCCGUCACCGACGGCAAGUUCAUCGUCUUCGGAUCGGGAUCGGCCCAGCUCAUCAACGCUCUGGUCUACGCGCUCUCUCCGAGCAACGCCUCCUCCUCCCCCGCCAGCGUCGUCGCUUCGGUUCCCUACUACCCGUUCUACAAGAAGCAGACCAACCUGUUCGAAACGAGAGCGUAUGGAUGGAGAGGGACGACGUCUAGCUGGGCGAACGCAUCGGUCUCGUCGGCGACGAACUUUAUCGAAUUCGUCACUUCGCCAAACAAUCCCGAUGGGCUGUUCAAGCAGCCAGUUCUCGGGAGCUCAGCCGUCAUCUUCGAUUACGCCUACUACUGGCCUCAUUACUCGCCAAUUCUGGACCCGGCAGAUGAAGACGUGAUGCUCUUCACCAACUCCAAGAUCUCCGGCCAUGCCGGAAGUAGGUUUGGGUGGGCGGUGAUCAAGGACGAGGGAGUCUUCGAGAGGACCGCAAAUUACUUGUCGUUGAACACCAUGGGCGUCUCUCGCGACACCCACCUGAGAGUCCUGAAGCUGAUCAAGGUCAUGAUAGCGGAGAAGGGAGGAAAAGGUGACAUCUUCGAGUUCGGUUACAGGACGCUGAAGGCGAGGUGGAGCAAGCUGAAUGAGCUCGUCUCCUCCUCGAGCCGCUUCUCGCUUCAGCAACACUCUGCUCGCUACUGCAACUACUUCAGAACGAUCCGAGACCCUUCUCCAGCUUAUGCUUGGUUGAAGUGCGAGUGGAAGGAAGAGGACGACUGCCAUGAAGCGCUCAGGAAGGGGAGCAUCAUCUCACGCUCCGGCGCACUGUUCGAAGCAGAUAGCCGCUACACGCGCCUCAGCCUCAUCAAGACGCAAGACGACUUCGAUCUGCUCCUGAAACGGAUGCAGCCUCUCGUCUCCCACGAGGAGAUGGCCUCCUCGUGAGCCAUCGUUUGAUUUCUAGGUGGCAUCAUUGACGACGUGUUGACAACACAAGAUCGUGAUGCGUGCAAGAAUAAUUCUCCGAACAUGUGAAUAAAGACUCGGUAAUUGCACGAGCUCAUUCUCGUGUGUGUAUCGGUCCUUUGUUUUUGUUGUUCAAGAAAGACUUAUUAAGUUUUAUUGACGUGAAUUAUAUUUA